AUGGAUAAAGAGAAAUCUCCAGCACCUUGUGGAGGUCGUCUCCCUCCACCAUCUCCAUCAGGUCGGUUCUCACCAUUCUCGGAUGCUAACCGUUUGAGCCACGAUAUGAGCCGUAUGCUCGAACACCCACCUAAGAAGAUUGGACACCGUCGAGCUCAUUCAGAGAUCCUCACUCUCCCUGAUGAUUUCAGCUUUGAUUUUGAUCUUGGACUGGUUGGUAGUGUUACUACUAAUGCUGAUGGACCUUCUUUCUCUGAUGACACUGAUGGGGACUUGAUGAUGUCUAUGUAUCUUGAUAUGGAUAAGAUUAACUCUUCUGCUACUUCUUCGGUUCAAGUUGGGGAGCCAUCAGUAACUGAUUGGAAAAAUGAGAUGCAUAUUACAGGGUCAACUUCUAAUCCUCUGAAUAGUAGUUUUGGGGAAAGGCCAAGAGUUAGGCAUCGACACAGUCACUCUAUGGAUGGGUCUUUGAACAUUAGUGAGAUGCUUAUGUCUGGAAAUGAAGAGGAUUCUGUUGUUGAUGGUAAGAAGUCUAUGUCUGCUGCUAAACUUGCUGAGCUUGCUCUCAUUGAUCCUAAACGUGCUAAGAGGAUAUGGGCAAACAGGCAGUCCGCGGCAAGGUCAAAAGAAAGGAAGACGAGAUAUAUAUUUGAGCUUGAGAGGAAAGUACAGACAUUGCAAACAGAAGCUACAACUCUCUCAGCCCAGAUUACUCUCUUACAGAGAGAUGCAAAUGGUUUGACUGUUGAAAACAAUGAGCUGAAACUGCGGUUGCAAACAAUGGAGCAGAAAGUUCAGUUGCAGGAUGAACUAAACGAAGCCCUUAAGGAGGAAAUCCAGCAUCUGAAGGUGUUUACUGGCCAAGUUGUCCCAAAAGGGUGUAGCUAA